AUGGCUCAUUGGCUGAAUGGCAUGUCAUUAAAGUACAACUCAAAAAAGUUUAGAGGCAUUCUUACAUGUGAAAACACCAUGCCUGAAGAAACAGUGCUGUCAGUGCUCUGAGGUUCUUGGUAUGACCAUGUAAAAGAAUGGUGGGAGGCAAGAGAUAAGCACCAUAUUCUCUACCUCUUCCAUGAAGACAUGAAGGAGAAUCCAAAGAAAGAAAUUCAGAAGUUCCUGGAGAAGAAUGUGAAUCAGGAAGUUCUAAACAAGAGACUCCGUAACACUUCAUUUCCAAUAAUGAAGGACAAUCCUAUGCCAUACUAUACUACAGAGUUUCAAGGAAUAAUGGACCUCUUUGUUUCCCCGUUCAUGAGACAAGCAGUUGUCAGGGACUGGAAGAAUUAUUUCACUGUGCCACAGAAUAAGAAAUUUGAUGAAGCUUAUAAGAAAAAAAUGGCUGAUUGA